GCGCGCCCCGCCUCGUGAGGACCUAGCCACGCCCACUCCGAGGGGCGUGGUCUCCGACCGGCGCGGGAAAAGGGGCCGGCGCCGCGUGUGCGCGCUCAGCCGGCGAUCGCGCGCAGGACGUUCGGGGUGGGGAUGGCGGCGGCGGCGGCGGCGGCGGCUGGGAGCGGGACGCCCAGAGAGGAGGAGGCUCCUGGAGGGGAGGCCGCGGCUACGCAGGCCCAAGCCCCGACGACUGCACCCAGGGCUGGGCUCUCCAGGCUGCCUCUGGCCAGAGUGAAGGCUCUGGUGAAGGCGGACCCUGACGUAACGCUCGCGGGACAGGAAGCCAUCUUUAUCCUGGCGCGUGCCGCGGAACUGUUCGUGGAGACUAUCGCGAAGGAUGCGUACUGCUGUGCUCAACAAGGAAAGAGGAAAACCCUCCAGAGGAGAGAUUUGGAUAAUGCAAUAGAAGCUGUGGAUGAAUUUGCUUUUCUAGAAGGUACCUUGGAUUGAUUACAGAGCUGGAUGACUUGGUGAGCCUUUGCUGCAUCCUUCAUCUUUCCCUGUGCAAGCCUCAGCUUUGGAGAGAGUCUGCGCAUGCACACAAUCUUCUUCUACUUUACUCAAGCUGCAGAGAUCUCCACAAAGUCUUCCCUUCCUCAGUCUUCCACAGCCUGGAUGUAGCCUACGCUGCUUGGGGCAGCGAUGAGAGGACUGUUCCGCAUAAGUGUGGCUCAGUGAGUGAGGAGACCAGAAUAAAGGUCUUUGGUCAGCUUCGCUCCUGUGUUUUAUGGUCCUGCCUUUGCUCUUGCCCUGUGACUGGAGAACCCUGUGGUCAGGCACAGAUGUUUCCUCAUCUACCAACCAUCCUGAGUCAACGUUUUUAUUAACUUUGUUCUUUCUCAGCAUGUCAUUGGAAUGUGGGUCUAUAAUUUAUGGGAUACCGUAACUCCUCCUUAGGAAUCGAAUCAAUGUGGUCCUAAGUUUUUUUUUUUUUCCUAAGUUUUAUUGAAGUAUAAUUCAUGUGUCAUAAACAAUUUAAACUGUAAAGUUCAGUGUUUCUUUAAUAUUCAUAGGUAUGUGUAGCGACAUUUUGAACAUCUUCCUGUGAACAGAUUCACAUGAGUCUUUUGUUUGACAAGAUUUAGAUUAUGUUAUUUAAAUUUUAUCUAUGCUAUCAUAUGUAUUUGUACCCUUUCCUUUAAGUUGUGAGAUAUACAUAAUAUAAAGCUUCCCAUUUGAGCUGCUUUCCAGUGUGUUCUCGGUGGCGUUGAAUAUAUCAGUGUCGCGUUGCACAACCGUCGUCAUCCUUCGCCUGCAGAGAUUUGUCAUAACGGUCUCAGCCUGGAACAUCAGGUGCAUGGAACACUGACUUCCUUUCCCUUUCUCUUCCUGUGCCUGUGUGAGGUGUGGGUGGUGUAUCUGGAGCAUUUAGAAUGUUCAGGAAGGCAACAGAAAGCCUUGGCUGGUGCUUCUUACAGUAUUCUACAGUGUAGAUAUCUUUUAAUACCAAGUCUGAAGGCUGUUUUCUCUAGAAUAAUAAACUCAGUUUUGUAACAUGUUAAAAAUAAACUUUCAGAAAAAUA